UCAGACGCUGUUCUCUUGGUACGUUGUUAGAGCGCUCCUGUAGAUAAUCAGGACUGUCCAACUUGCCAAGAUGCUAUAUUUGCCUCUCUUUUGGAUGUUGCCAAUUGUCCCAGUAUUAGUUUUCAAACUUCUAACAGGUGUGCACUGCCAGGAACUGUCCAAGGACACCAAGAACCAAGGUCCCUUCCCUGUCUACCCCUCAGUUGGCUACCAGAUCCUCAACGCAGACCACCUGCUGUUGAGGGAGAACAGCCAGGAGCUUCUGGGGAACUCCAGCCUGCAAGCCCAGAGGCAGGCCUUCCUCAUUACCAACCCCAGGGCGGGCCUCCUGCAGCCGGCCGUCAAUGUCACCUUCGGCUUCCUGUCUGUGGAGAGACCCAUCGGCCCAGAGCUGCUCCUUGGCCGUCGCAGGAUCCUCCCUGUCAUCCUGGCCCGCCAGGUCCUCUCCUCUGCCCCAAUUAUCAGGAUCCUCUUUCACAUGCCCAGUAUGGCCAGUGGAAGUGACGCUGGAGGGGGCAGGGCUGGGGAGGGGGUGGAGGUGGGUAGUGGUGGGAGGAAGGGAAUGGAGGAGGGGGCCCACUGUGUGACGGUGUACGCCUUCUGUGAGACGCAGGAGGUGCGGGGGGCAUGCCUGCUGUCCCCAGGGGGGUUCUGUGUUGCCCAGUUGAAGCCCGACCCGGCCUGGUUCAGCCCCGCCAGCUGCUCCUCCAGCUCCGACAGCAGGGAUAGACAGGGAGAGGUGCAGGGGAUUCCCGUGGAGAUCUACUUCCAGAGCCGACGGGACUGGACAGGCCAGUGUGUACCACAGGACAGCCUGCAGCAUGUGGGGGGGAGGGGCGGCCCAGUGGGGUCUGGUAUACCCAUGAGGAGGGUAGGGAGUGUCAACAUCCUAAAGGCACCACCUGGAAACCCUACGUUCCUGCGUCUGAGGUUAGGGGGAGCCGUGGUGGUCCAGACCUCCUCCAAACCACUGAGGACCACCGACAUGGCCACCUUCUAUGUGUUCCUGUCCAGUGUAUCUGCUGUGGAGAGCUUCACUCUUAGAGCCACAGUGAGGAAGGGCAUGUCGUUCAGUACAGCGAGGCCCAGUGACUCAGCCUUAUGGGACAUCGCCCUGGAGCCUGGCAGAAGGGGCGCAAACACCAUCUCUGUUGUGUGUCAGAGGAAGACCACCAAUCCCGGGAAAAGGGGUCUGUUGGAGGUCUUGCAGCUUGACUUUGAGACCAAGGAGUUGACUGAGCAACAAUUAGAGAGCCAGAUGAUCACAUGGCGUUUGGAAACAGGACACAUCAAGGAUGUUGGCGUCAUGAGGAUCUAUACCACCCAGAGAGACUACGUAGGCCUGACACCACUGGUCAUGGACAGUGAUGUGCUGAACACAGCUGUUCUGACUGGUAAGAAAGUGUCUGCCCCAGUCAGGACUCUGGCUGUGGAGGCUGACGGCACUGUCACCGAUGUCACCAACUAUACCAACUGCAGGUCCACUGACGAGAACGUGCUGAAGGUGUCGGAUCGUUGUGACUAUGUGUUUGUUAAUGGGAAGGAGAAAAGGGGGAGGAUGAGGAUGGUGCUCAACUUCACCUACAGCUACCUGAGUGCCCAACUGGAGAUGAGUGUGUGGAUGCCCCGCCUCCCCCUGCUUAUCGACAUAGCCAACCCCGAACUCAGCCAGAUCAAGGGCUGGAGAGUCCCCGUGGCCGCUGGCAACAAGAGGACCAGCUGGGACAGUGAGGAAGAGGAGGAGAUGAGGAAGAGCAGAGGCUGCAUGCUACAACCCCAUGGUAGGGGAUUGGGAGGGUCUCUGGAGACUUUCCUGGGGCCAGACUGGCAGGUGGAUGUCACCAGGCUGGUGCGCUACUCUCUCAGGGUAGGAGACCAAUCUAUAGCCAGACUACAGGCUGGGACUGUACUGCAGGGACGCGCUGCAGGGACCACCACUCUACAGGUGAUGUCUCCUCUGUCUGACUCGAUCCUGGCUGAGCGGAUGGUCAGGGUUCUGGAAGACAAAGUGAGUGUGACAGAGCUGGGAGUGCAACUGGUCUCUGGCCUCUCUCUGUCCCUCCAGCUCAGCCCAGGGAGAAACAUGGCCAUCUUUGCCACGGCUACAAUACAGGAAGUCAUGCAGAGACCCAAACAGGAGGCACUGGUCAGCUGCUGGAUCCAGUUCAGCGACGGCUCAGUGACCCCUCUGGACCUCUUUGACCGCAGCGUCUACUCCCUGACUGUGACCUCCGGGGACAAGAGUGUGGGGACCGUGCGCCGGACCCCCCAGUCAGCAUUUGUGGUGGCGGAGGGUGAGGGUCAGGGGGUGCUGGUGAAAGCUGAGCUGAGGAUCUGUGAGGAGUGCCAGAAGUCUAAGAGGAAGAGCAAGCUGGUGGUGGGCAAUGGGCUUCUUAGGGUCACUUUCCAGAAAGGCAGCAGGAUGGACGGAGGGGUCACUGGUGGUGGUGCUACUGGCUAUGGCAGUGAAGGUUCAGAGUCAGAGGUAGAGCCUGAGCCAGUCAUGACAUCACCACGGGAACUCACGCCAGUUGUGACCUCACCACGGGCUCUGACCGAGGGAGACGGAGACAGACGCUCGUUCAGGAGCACCGUGCCAGACUGCCAGGACAGCACUGUAACUGAUGUCACCACGUCAACAGCCAGGGAUCAGAAAGUGGCUGGAGGUGGCAUCUCUACCAUCAGAGAGGGCAUCAGCAGCACCACCACCAACACUGAUAGUAGUACCACCAUCAGGGGAAAACCUGGCAUGGACAAACCUCAGGUGUCUGGCAGACCUGGCAGAGACAGAAGCCUGGGCAGAGGACAGGGGCUGAGGAGAGACUGGGGGAACCUGGUGGAAAACCCCAACCAGAAGAAAGAGAUGCCCAAAGCAGAGGCACCACCCCAGAAAGAGCAGCCCAAGCCACCCCAGGUGGUGGAGAGUGACCUGGUGAAGACGUUCAAAGCCAUGUCAGACCUGGAGAUUGGCAUCUUUGCGCUGGUGGGAGUCUCUGUCCUGGCCAUCCUGGCCUUCCUACUCAACUGCGCCUCCUAUAAUCUCUGCUUCCGGGUCAACAAGACCCCUGCCCAGGGCAACCCAGACCCCAACGGCCCCAAGGAGCAUAGGCACGACUGGGUGUGGCUGGGGACCAGCACAGGGCCAGCGCCGCACAACCCACCCCAGGUCUCCACCAUCAAACGGGAGAACCACGGCUCUAUUGAGUCCCACUGCAGCCUGCAGAGACAAUGCUCCACAGAUAGCCACCGGGCUCUGGAGAGCAGCCUGAGUAUGAGUGCUAUCCCAGAGAGGACUGCCACCUUGGGUAGGAGGAGCAGCUCCCAGCAGGUUCCCACCCUGGACCCCAUGGCUCAGGGUUCAGCCACCCUCCUAGCCAAGCCAACCCGCAGCGAUCCACUCCACUCCCCCACCAGCAAGAGGAAUCAGGUCCAGUUCACCACCUUCACCACACUGGACAUUAAGCACUUGGCUGCCCUGAAGAGGAACGGAGUGGACUUUAACUGGGCCAGUCAGGCUGGGGGAGCUGGGGAGCCUAAGGGGCCACUACCUGACAUGCUAUGGCCUGUAGUCACACCCCUGGGCCAACCACAGUGAUACUCCACAUGGGUUCGUGUGUGUGUGUGUGUGUGUGUGUGUGUGUGUGUGUGUGUGUGUGUGUGCGUUUGUGUGUUCUGAACCUGUUUAAGUGUUUAAAUGUGUACAACUUAGUGAGGAUACACUUUCUAGUACACAUGGAGUAUACACAUAUUAAUAGGUGUAAGGUCUCUUCCUUUCCAUUAAGUCACACACAUGACCAAAUUACCAAAUUAAUGACCAGACCUCAUUAAUACGGGAUGGUGAAAAGUGUUGUAUGCUUAUAACUGCAAAUAAUGUACUGUAUAUUUCUACAGAUUAUUGUUUACACAUUUCUAACUGUUUAAAUGCAUUUAAUUACUGUUUCAUUUCAUGUCACUUUUGAACAUUUGUAUGGGAAAAUGCAUCAUGAUAUAUUUGUAUGUGGUUAUACACUUUCCAGGCUUUGUAUAUUUCUAUGACUCCUCAACAGAAUAGCUUUAGAGUUUGUUCAAUUUGUCAGAGAAAAUGCAAUAUUUAUAAAAUAUAUUAUUGUAAAGUUAUUUUAUGCAUACCCCCCUUUUCAGUGGAUAUUUAUUCAAAUUGUAUGUGUUAUACAAAUACAGUUCAGAGUUUGAAUUUAAUAUUUGCACCAAACAAACAAUUAAGUUACCUCUGCUACAAGACUUCCCUUGGGAGAAAGAGUUUUUCCAUUUGUAAAAAAAGGUCUAAUCUUGUCCUCAGCACAGAGUAAUACAUUUUAAAAGAGAUAAUUCAUUUUAUCAUGUGUAAAUGAAGACAAAUGGUGCUCUGUCUGUGCAAUACUGUUGCCUUUUUUAGGUUGAAAAGGGAUGUUAAAUUCCUAUGAGAUUUAUAGUGGAACUGAAAGCAUUUUAGCAAAAUCAAAUCUUAUUUAAAAUCUGUUCAUAAAAAGGAACAGGCCUUCCUGUGCCAUCGGGUGCUGUAGGUGGCCUGGAGGGCGGGUAGUUUGCCCCCGGUAAUGGGUUGGGCAGACCACA